AUGGUUUGGGCCGUGGGCGCCUAUGCCCAUUUGUUUCAACACUUUAGCCUGGUGGUUCACGGGUUUUCGAGAGCCGUGGCGAUCAGCUUCAAGGUGGAUCAGCACUAUCAGGUCUGGAGCUACAACGUCUCCCUAAUCGCGCAACAUCUCGUCUUUUUCUUCCCACUCGGCUUCGUAACACUAUUCGCCUGGGAUGGACCUCAAAUUUCUUUAGGAACUGGUGUCGUCUGGGACAACCAUAUUCUCUAUGCCGGCUAUCGGUUGAUUCUUUUCGUUGUUUACGCCACCACUUCCGGGCUAACGAUCACCUGGAUUGUGAUCGCUGUUUUAAGGCGGAUGUAUCUUCAAAGAGCCAGACGUCUCGCCAGCGGCCUUUCCUCAAUUCCUAGUGGCGAUCGAGCCAGAAUUGUUCACACCGUCCGCACGAGCGAAGAAUUGAGCAAUCAAUCCAUCCACUACCAACCCAGCACCAUUCCUGAAAUCAACAACGAGACCUCAUUUACAGUGGUCACCGGGAUCUGCUUGGCCGUCAAUCUCGGCCAAUUCAUCUAUCUAAAACAGGAUUUCCCGACAGCAGACGACUACGGCGAGCAAGCGGUAACGGCUCUCGCCACUUUUGUAUUCCCAGUGGGCAUCACGUACCUGCUGAUGGUCCCGAUUUUUCGGCAUAAAUUGCGGAAUGAUAGAGGGCUCCUCUUCCGCCUCUACCGCCGGUUGACCGGCCCGACGAUGCGUGACGUAGCCGUAGUUCCUCCAAAAGUUGAGCUGACUACGGUAGCCUCGAUCUAUCAACCUCGACGGAACACGAUCAGUGUUUCUCCU